AUGGUUUUGGAUGAUUUAAAAGUCGAAACAACUGUUAGAAAAAAUAAUGAUUCAGAUUAUACAUCCAGACAUUUACAAUCUCAUUCACCUCAUUGUCUUUAUGAAUGUACCGGUUUUGCUUCUAUGGAUAAUCUUGAAGUAUCAAAUCCACUGUUUUCAACGGAUGCAUUCUAUGAUAAUGGACGAGUGUCGCCGACAUUGCCAUUGAUAACAAAAUAG